AUGCAGAAAAGAAUGAUCCUGUGUGCAUUUAUGAUAUGCGUGUCUUUUCUGAGACUUAUUGCAUGCGACAACUACCACUCGCUAGGGAGACAGCGCAUUAUAUGCAAUGGCUCUGAGAUGAAUCUAGCGUGUCUUGGGAGCAGAUGGAAAAUAUCGUAUCUGGGAGUGGAUGAAAGCAUACGCAUAACAGAAGACGAUGACGCAGUGCGGAUAACUGGGCUUGUAAAAACAGGGAAACCUGAAGUAAAAACAGACACCACAAUAUUCCACCCAGAUGGGUAUAAUAUUAUCCUGCACUACGACAAUGUGUACGAGAAAGUCCCUGAGAAAGUGAUGAUAAUGUGCGGUGCCAUUUUUAUAACGAUUUUUGUAACUGCUGUUUUCUUUCACAGAAUAGAAGUGGUGUUCAAGAAAAAACAGAAAGACUUGUAA